AGGGCGGCGAGAAGGAGAAGAGAUUGGUGUUCUUUGGCAAUGUGGGGAAUGUGUUUGAUUUAGAGGAUCUGUUGAGGGCAUCCGCGGAGGUUCUCGGUAAGGGGACGUUCGGGACGGCGUAUAAGGCGACGUUGGAGACGGGGAUGGUCGUCGCCGUGAAGCGGCUGAAGGAGAUGACGGCGGCAGAGAAGGAGUUCAGGGAGAAGAUGGAGGAGGUGGGGAAGAUGAAGCAUGAGAAUUUGGUGCCUCUUAGAGCUUAUUAUUACAGUAGAGAAGAGAAGCUUUUGGUUUAUGAUUACAUGCCAAUGGGAAGCUUGUCCGCACUUUUACAUGGUAGUAGAGAGUCGGGAAGAACUCCAUUGAAUUGGGAAGCAAGGUCGGGCAUAGCCCUCGGAGUCGCCCGUGGGAUUCAUUACCUUCAUUCUCAAGGCCCCGCCAUCUCCCACGGCAACAUCAAGUCCUCCAACAUUCUCCUCACUCGAUCCUACGAAGCCCGUGUCUCAGACUUUGGCCUCGCACAGCUAGCAAUCUCCCCCUCAGCACCAACCCGUGUCGCCGGGUACCGAGCCCCCGAGGUGACCGAUUCCCGAAAGGUCUCGCAGAAGGCCGACGUGUACAGCUUCGGAGUGUUGUUAUUGGAGGUGCUAACAGGAAAAGCCCCCACACAUUCCAUCUUGAAUGAGGAAGGUGUGGACCUUCCUAGAUGGGUUCAGUCUGUGGUUCAAGAGGAAUGGACAGCUGAAGUGUUUGAUGAAGAACUUCUUAGGUACCAAAAUGUUGAGGAGGAGAUGGUUCAACUCCUGGAACUCGCUCUCCAAUGCUCGGUCCCGUAUCCCGACAACCGCCCGGGAAUGGCCGAGGUCGCCCGACGAAUCGAGGAACUCUGUCGAUCGACCUCACAAAAACAGGGUGAGGGAAUUGACAACGAUGGAAACAAUGGCAUUUCCACACAGUUUCAUUCAGUAAGCUCAGGUGAUCCACCAUCUGCAGGGUAGGGAUGAAGUAUAAGAUUGAAAAAUGGCAAAUUUAGUUUUUUUUUAAUUUUCUUUUUUGGUUCAUUACUAUUCUUGGGUUUAUUUUCCCUUUUUUUCCUCUCUCUCAUAUUAUACUUGUAAUUUUUAUAGAUGUAUUUUUUUUUAUAUGGAAAUUAAGCUUUGUAAAAGUACUGUUCUGUUGGUAUGUUGAGGGAAAUGGGAUUAUGGGAAUUCCUACAUUUA